AUGAUCCAGAACCUUCUGGAAUUCCUGCACCUGGAGCUGGGAAUGCCCUGGUGGGCGGCCAUUGCUGCAGGUGAGGCACGGUCGGGGCGAGGAUCCUUUUGGUACCUUUGGUUUUACGGGGUCAACUCGAGGCCGCUCGACUCUCCCGACACCUCCCUCACCUCCAGAAACUCUCCCGGCGUCUCAACGACGCCCGAUAGAGGGAUCCGACCCCAACCUGGUGGCCGUGGCUUACUCGGAACUGGCGUCGUACCAGCGGCUCCACAACGUGAAUCCGCUCCGGGGUUUCCUGGUGCCCCUCGUGCAGGGAAUGGCUUCGACUCCGGUGCCGGGUUUUCUUCGGGGUGGGUUGGGUUGGUUCCCGAAUUUGGCGGCUCCGGAUCCGUUUUUUGUUCUUCCAGUUCUGGUCACCGCUUCCACCUGGCUCGUGCUCGAGUUGGGGGCGGAGACUGGCGUGUCCGCACCGGGGGCGGGCCUGUCCGUCAAAUCCUGAGGUUCCUCCCCCUCGUGUUCCUGCCCUUCAUCAUCCACUUCCCCACCGCCGUGUUCACCUAUUGGCUGACGUCCAACAGCUUCAGCCUAUUGCAGACCGGGCUGCUGCGAGUCCCCGCCCUCCGCGCCAAAUUAGGGAUGGUCCCGCCCCCUUCUCCUCAGGCCACGCCCACUGGGCCCGCCCUUCCCGCCAAAACCGGAAUCUUCAAACAGCUCAAGAAAGAGUGGCGCGAGGCCCAGGCCACGCACGAGGCCGAGCGGCGCCAGUGGCGCCUCAAGAACCACCUGAACCUGGCGGCCAAAGGCCCGCUCCGCCAAACUUUCUCCCAAAACCCCCUCAGCCCUCCCGGCAGCAAGGCGGCCGUGCCCUCAGAGACCCCAAAACGACCCUGGAAGAACACGUUGGGCUGAGGGGGCGAGAGGAGGGGACCUCAAAAAUUAAAAGAACCCGAAAAA